GUGCAUAUUUAACAAUGAUGUGUAGUGCAAUUCAUGUUUAUGAAUUUGCUAAAACAAGUAUCAAGUAUUUGAUAUUUCAUUGAAUGUUGAGAUUAUUAUCACAAGGUAGCUACUACUGAUAAAGGCUAUAGACACAUAUGCUACACUUUUCAAAAUGAAAACUGGAUAUUUUCCCUUGUCAGUAUAAUAUGCACCUUGCAUGAUCUUUUGGCCAUGGUGGCUACCUUCUUGGGUGUGAAGUGUAGAGAUGAUUUACAGCGCUGGAAAAGUUGCUAAAAUUAUAGGCAUCCCCCCUUGCUGAGGACACGUUACGUUCAUUUUCCAAAGCAGUUGUAGUACUCAACUCUGCCUCUCGCAGUCGCAGUGCACAGACAGAGGGCCGUGAAGCGAGCCUGCUCAGCCGAGCUCAGGCAAGGAGCGUUUUUCUCGCGAGGAAGGGCGCCAUUAUCGGAAUCCCUACAAACAACACGAGAAUUCAUCAUUCACACGGUCUGAAUGAUGGCAGAGCAUGAUUUGGUGGAGAUGGUCCAAAUAGCUGUGGAGGACCUGGGACAAGAGGACCAAUCAGACGUUUUAGAGAACCAUAAUGACGACGAAGGGAAACCGGACAGAAAACGUGCAAGGGUGGACAUCUCCAGCCAGGAUGCCACUCUGAAGUCCCUGUUGUUCUCCAUGAACCAGUCCAUUUGCCAGAGGCUUGACUCCAUGGAGGCCAAGUUGCAGGUGCUUGAGGCUACUUGUCGGGCCCUGGAGGAUAAAUUGGACUCUGUAGUGAACAAGAACCAGGGACCCAUUCAGGUGCCCAUGGUGGCUGGCUCUCCACUGGGGGCCACACAGACCUGGAAUAAAGUGCGCUGUGUGGUACCGCAGACCAAUGUGAUUGUAAGCAGUGACAAGCCAAAGAUCCAGGAGGAGACCAGCACUCGUGCCUCUGAGUCUCUGGAGAACCUCCUGAGCAACACGGUGGGUGGACGGCGUCAGAACACCAUCCUGGUGAAGGUCCCGGUGCAUGAAGAGAGUCAGGACGAGCAGGAGAGCGGCUCGGAGGCCAGCGACUCUAUGCCCGGCAGCGGACAGGGCUCGGCACAGAAUCACAACAACGUCACCCUCAUCACCCUCAACUCUGAAGAGGACUACCCCACUGGCACGUGGCUGGGUGACGACACCAACGCUGAGAUGCGCGUGCGCUGCCCCAUCUCCGCCGGCGACAUGCUGCACAUCAGCACCAACUGCCGCACGGCGGAGAAGAUGGCGCUCACGCUGCUGGACUACCUGUUUCACCGCGAGGUGCAGGCCAUGUCCAACCUCUCCGGCCAGGGCAAGCACGGCAAGAAGCAGCUGGACCCGCUCAUGAUCUACGGAAUCCGCUGCCACCUCUUCCACAAGUUUGCCAUCACAGAGUCGGACUGGUACCGCAUCAAGCAGAGCAUCGACUCCAAGUGUCGCACGGCGUGGCGAAGGAAGCAGCGAGGCCAAAGCCUGGCAGUGAAGAGCUUCUCCCGCCGAACCCCCUCCUCACAGAACAACAGCGGUAACGAUGAGUCAGGGACUGUGUCGGAGGCUCCGAUUGAGACUACCCAGCAGGCCUUGCACUACGCACUCGCAAACCCUCAGCAGGUGCAGAUCCAUCGCAUUGGGGAAGAUGGCCAGGUCCAGGUGAUCCCCCAGGGCCACCUCCAUAUCGCCCAGGUGCCACAGGGGGAACAGGUCCAGAUCACCCAAGACAGUGAGCUGGAGCUACAGCUACACAGGAGACACUGUGGCGAAGCUGGCAAAGCCAAAAAUGUUGUGAGGGGGCCGCAGCUCAUCGCAGUGGCGUCAACGGAUCCAGGGGCUGGGGGGGUAGAAGCCUCCCCCCUGCAAGGCAACGACAUCCAGGUGCAGUACGUCCAGCUGGCCCCCGUCACGGACCACACGGCUGCUGUGCAGGCUGAGGGGCUGGGCCCUGAGAUGGAUGUGAAGGACACCAUCCAAAUCCAGCAAGGCGAGAACGGCGAGGUGGUGCAGAUCCAGAUGCCCGUGAGCAGCGUUGGCACGUGAGACCGCCGCCCCCAACCCUGUCUGUGGGCAGCGAGACGCACACCAAGCCAGGCCUCACGGCCGGAGCAGCUGAGGGACAACGAGGAGGAGGAAGAAGAGGAGGAAGAAGAAGGGUUAAGCAGUAAAACUGAAAAUAACUGAGAAUGAAGUACCCACAAGUCAGAGGUGCUUCACUUCAGCGCCUUCUCCAUCUCCAGUCCUCUUGGCCCAAUCAAAGUAGUGAUCGUUUUCUAUUGACUUUGUAUUGCUUUAUUAUUUUACUAAUAACUUGUCUGGUGAGCACUGGAACAUGCUAGACCGAGGGGGCGGUGGCCGGCAUUUUUGAGCUCCUUCAUUGGCGGUGUUUGAGCGGGGCAGAUAAAGCGCUGGCUCCGUCGGACGCCAUCAUUCCGUCAGCUUCACGAGCACACAUUGGAGUCGCAGCCUCAGCGAAGUGCAGAUUUGAAAGGAAUUAAGCCUCUCCAUUAAUCUUUUCUAUUUUUUUUCCCCUUGGAAAAAUAAAAGACUCUCGCCAAGCUGAGACCCUCUCUUCUCACGCCCUCUGCCAUGUGAAGUCUUAUUUUGUUUGUCAUGAAGGUCACCUACAGAACACCCUGACAGACAGUGUUACACAAAACCCUUUCUUUUGCUAGUAUUCAUUUGUACUGUCUUUUCUCUUUGCUGGUUAGAUGUUUUUUUUUGUUUUUUACUGUUUGUGACUCAUUUUCUUUUGUUUGUGUGCUUUUUAGUUCUCCGUAGCCCAACUGUAACGACUUGAGAGUGGUGAGCCACAUAACAUGUUUGUGUCCUCAUACCUUAGUGGAGAACAUUGCGAAAAAUAUUGGUUGGGGUUUAGAGUUUUUGUAGAAUGCAGUUGACUGAUAGAAAACAUGAUUUUGGUAAGAGACACUCUCUCGCACAGAAGAAGUUGCUUUGUGUUGAACAUGAAACCCAGCUUGGUUUCUCAUGCUAUUGUUUUGGUUUGUGUGUGUAUGUGUGCGUGUGAGUGAAAGAUGUAAAUAAAUAUCUAUGGGCUGCUCAGGAUUUGCCCUUCAUUUA